AUGGCCACCGGAUGCUUCGUCACCACAAGCAUGACUUAUGUGGGCGAAUUGUCCCCAGUUGCCAUUUAUGGAAUUGUCUCUACCACCACUCCAAUCUUGGGCAGCGCAAGCAAGCUCAUGGUCGCCCUAAUUCAGAACAGCUAUGGAGUUUUGCCAAAUGCCUGGGCCUAUGAAUUGCUUUUCAUAUCCCAGUACAUCGUCACUUUUAAGGUACUAAUCUUCUGGCCGUUCCUGGCCGAGUAA